CGGCUCGGGGCUUGCUGCUCGUCCCCGAUCCCGGCGGCCGCGGCCCUGACGUGUUGCCAUGGCCGAGGGAGGCGCGGCGGCAGCGGCGUGCUUCAGCGAGGAUGAUUUUUACUGCCCCGUCUGCCAGGAGGUGUUCAAAACGCCCGUGAGGACGGCGAACUGCCAGCACGUGUUUUGCAGGAAGUGCUUCCUGACAGCUAUCAGAGAAAGUGGAACACAUUGUCCUCUCUGCCGGGGGAGCGUGACUAAAAAAGAAAGAACAUAUCCCAAAAGGGCUCUAGAUGUUGAAAACAGUAUGAAGAAAGCUUCUGGGGGCUGUAGAUGCUGUGAGAAGCAGGUUAGAUUUUCGUGGAUGAGACAGCAUUAUAAAACAUGUAAGAAGUAUCAAGAUGAAUAUGGUGUUUCUUCUAUUAUUCCAAAUAUACAGAUUUCCCAAGAUUCAACAGGGAACAGUAGCAGGAGUGAUACAAUAUCUGAUAAUGGCGAGAUGGCUAAUAAUCAAAUACUUCAAGGAGAAACAAGUGGACAUCCUACCUUCAAAUGCCCCCUGUGUCAGGAAGCCAAUUUUACCAGACAGCGUUUGCUGGAUCACUGUAAUAACAGACAUCUCUAUCAGAUAGUUCCUGUAAUCUGUCCUAUUUGUGUAUCUCUUCCUUGGGCAGAUGCUAACCAGGUUACUAGAAAUCUUGUUAACCAUCUAAAUCUAAGACACCGGUUUGACUACGCAGAAUUUGUGAAUCUUCAGCUUGAUGAAGAAGCCCAAUAUCAAAAUGCAGUUCAAGAAUCCUGUCAUGUGAACUUUUAAAGUGUAGCCCUCCCCUCACCUUACUGAUUAUCUGGGAGAAAAAUUACAUUAUAUCUGUUGAUGAUCUGAAAUCUAUAUUAAUUAAAGUGGUAUUUAGUAACCACUUUUCAGGUUUAACUUUUUUCCAUGCUCAUAAGGACUUUUCAUGAAUUACUUUGCUGAAGCUCAAAACUGACAUCUUUACUGAGAUCUGUCUCUGGAAGUAGGGACCAUUUUGAAACUUCUUACUAUUGUCUUAAUGUUCUCUAAUUUUUACUACUGUUAAUUACAUGGUUUCUUCUAUUAGUGUCAGAUAUUUUAAUUCAUCAAAACCAACUUUGAAAGUAUCUUUAGAAAUAUAUGCAAAGAUGCUCUGUUGCACUGUUAAUUUCAGCUGUCAUCUGCUAAGAUAUCGAUGAGAUUAUAAUUUUUUUUUCUCCUUCUACCCAAGGACAAAGUUUUAUUUGAUGCUGUGAUUUUUUUACCUUUAGUAUGUGAAUGAAAAUAACAACAACUUAAGAAAUAAAAAUACUUCUACUCUAUAGAUCAAAAUGCAGAGCAGGUUGGUUUUUUUCACCUUCCAUUAAGAAAGAAUGAUGCUGUUGCCUAGGAAUAAUUCCAUCUAUUUUUUCCCCUUUUGGAGCAUAACUGAAAUAGGACGCUUGCUUACUACAGUGCGGUGUGAGGAGUUUUCCCUGUACUCCCAGCUACUGAAGAAGAUGGCAUACUUCCUGAGCAAUUCAAGAUAACAUGCAAAAGGCAUACAUUUUCAGUAUAUGACUGUGACCAGCUAGUUUUUUGUUUUGUUGGAGCUUUUAAAUAACUUCUGUUGUUGCAUUUGGAAUUAAAGUUUUGGUCUGUCCUGUCUUUCAUUGAAGGCUGUGUAACUGGAGAACUAACUGGCUUCAGACCUACCAACACUCAGAAAUUAACUUGCUUAUUUUGAUAAGACUGUCUAAACUUGGACAUCUCCUGCAUCCAGAUUCUUGAAAAAACAGUUGAGAAGAAAAACUUGCUCUAAAAUAGUUACCAACAUAUUUUAAGAGUACCUUUUUUUAGGUUUCCACGUUCCCAGCAAGACUGUCAUUAAAAUCAGAGGAAACAGAGCAAUAAUACGAUUUUGAAUUUCAAUGGAAAAUCCAUUUGUAAAGGAACUUUAAGGUAUUUUGUUUAAUUCUAAUGGGGAGAAGCAGAAAGCAAGCUGCACAGCUUACGUUUAAGAGGUUUUAAUACAGGCUGUUCCGAGCAUCUACCUUUUAGGACUGACUCUUCAUCCUGUGUCACCAUUGCCCACUGUCAAACUGUUGUUCUUCAUGGAUAUUGUAUACAUGGUGGAAAACAUCCCCAGUAAUUUUCUUAGUCUAGUUGGCAAUUUAUGUGUAAUAUCAGUUGUGCAGCCAAAGUAUGAUCUACUUCUUGUGCCCUGGCUCCUGUUUGCUCUCCAAAUACAGGUUUUGAUGGUUCUUUAAAUACUGGGAUAUUUCAUAUGCCAAAACUGGUAAGGUUGACCUGCCUCAUUCUGCAAUGUAAUAGGUUUCAGAACUGAAUCUUAGUCCUAAUAUGUUGAGUGUUGGAACUAAAACACUAUACAGUGUAAGCUGACAUUCCUGUAAUCUAUUUUUAGAGUGUAAAAUUUUACUAAAGGCAUAGCUGGCUAAAAUACAGAGAAAGCUGGCUAUUUCAGAAAUGUCUGAAGAUUAUUAGAGAUUUUUCUAACAACUUAAUGUAUUACAUUUUGUUACUGGCUUAAUACAGUAUUUUGACAGCAGGUCACGCUUUGAUCUUCUACUCAAACUUACCUAUUUGCUCCUCAUGUUCUUGUCUGUGUAUUCUCACCUGUGUGUCAGCUGAAGUGCUUGUGUGACCACAUGCUGAUUUGGAGAGGUUCACUGAUCCAACUGAAAAGGAGAUUGUUUGGAUUUUUCACUCUCUUUUCAUCUAUAAAGCCAACUAUGAAAGGAAUUUCAAGGUAUCCUGAUGCUAAAGUUUUAGCUUUUAAAAAUAAAAAUGUAUACCAUGGGGAUUUUUAUUAGUGUAUACGUUUCCUAUUGAAUGUGAUAGGUAUAUGUAAGUUUAGUUAACUUUUUUAGAUUCAAUACAAUAUUUAUAUUAUAUGGCAAUAAAUGCCUACAACCAAUACAGAUUCAGAAUGCCUCAUGGACACUGGAACUGGUUAUUUCUAUUACUUGAACAUAUCUUAAGAGUUGCAAAUGGAAUUACUUCUAUUUUAAAACUCUGGGAAACAAGUUUUUCUACAGCAAUAAUUAGUUGUCAUGUAACACAUAGUUGCUGUGCAUUUUAGUAAUAUUUAAAUGUUGGGAGACUUGAAUGCACAUUUUAAAGCAACAAAUGUUUAUAAAUGCAAUAUAAAAAAGCUUGCAAAAUGUUUCUCCUCUUUAUUCGCAUAUGUUAAAAUCUGUAUUGGCAGGCACUGCCUUGGUUAAAAUUUUAUACUUUUAAUAUGAAGAGAUUGCAUCCAAUACAUUAACUAGGUAAGUUCUUAAUGAAAAUGAAACAAUCUAUUUAAAUAUGCUGCUGCUGGUCAUGAUCUUUCUCACUGAAGCUCAGACAUACACAAAAAGCUGUGUAUUUGUGAUGGGUGAUGCUUGUACUCGAAACACGCAAUCUUUACCAGAAGAUUGCUGUUUAACAAUGUUUUCAUGUUUGCGUUGCAUUGUGUUUCAAAAUGGUAUGUUAUGUUUGAAUUGUACCUCCUAUUUUUUCUCCUAUUAAAGUAUUUUAUUUCC